AUGUGCCAGGUGGAAGAGUGCUGCUGGGUUGUUUAUGCCUCAAGGGAUCAUGAGGACACUUGUUGGCAAAUUAAGACCUUUUAUGACGAUCAUACAUGUCCGAGAGAGAAUUCUAAUAGGGCUGCAAACAGAGCAUGGCUGGCAAGUAAGUUGGUCAAGAAGGUUAGAAAGUACCCCAACUUCAAGCAAUGUGAGGCUGCAACAUACUUCAGGUCUAAGUGUGAUCUCAUACUGCAUAGGAAUUCAUUAGCCCGAGCCUUGGCUGAUGCAAGAAAUAUUGUCUACGGGGAUGAAAAGGCACAGUAUGCCUUGUUAAGGGAUUAUGCUGAAACGCUGCUAAAGACCAAUCCGGGAUCCACUGUAAAGAUUGGGGUUACUCCACUGCCUGACGGCCAAGUAAUGUUUGAUAAAAUGUAUAUCUGCCUGAGUGGUUGCAAGAACGGGUUUAAAGCUGGUUGUCGACCUUUAAUCGGUCUCGAUGGUGCAUUUCUGAAGACGCAGAUUGGGGGACAGAUAUUAUCAGCUGUCGCACAAGAUGCAAAUCACCACAUUUAUGUGGUUGCUUGGGCUAUAGUCAACAUUGAAAAUAAGGAGAACUGGAAAUGGUUUUUGGAGUUACUCCACGAAGACUUAGGAGACUAUAAGGCUAACGGGUGGUGUUUCAUUUCUGAUAUGCAGAAGGGGUUGAUUUCGGCUGUGGAAGAGGUCAUGCCACAGGUCCACCAUCGUUUCUGUGUAUGGCACCUGUGGCGUAACUUUAACAAACAGUGGAAGGAUCUUGAGCUGCGGAGACUCCUUUGGGAUGCUGCAAGGUCAACCACCUUUCAAGAUUUUAUUGGCAACAUGGAAAAGAUCAAAAGAGUCAGUGAAGAAGCAUGGACAUACCUUAACAAGUGGCCUAGGCAUUCAUGGACGAAGUCUCAAUUUAGCCACAGGCCAAAGUUGGAUAAUAUAUGCAAUAACGCCUGUGAGGUAUUCAAUGCAAGGAUCAAGGAGGCUAGGAGCAAGCCAAUCAUCACACUGCUUGAAGAGGUAAGGAUGUUCGUUAUGAGGUCCAUUGCAAAGAACAAGAUAAAGUUGAACAACCACAUCGGAAAACUUCCUCCAGUUAUUCAGAGCCGGUUAGAAAAGGUAAGGAAAGAGUCAAAGAACUGGGUACCUAUAUGGACUGGGGAUGAAGCCUAUGAGAAGUUUGAGGUCCAUGGACAACCAACAAACAUGGUUGUCGAUCUAGGCAAAAGACUUUGCACCUGCCAAUUCUGGAUGUUAACAGGCAUUCCCUGUGUCCAUGCUUGUGCUGCUCUUGCACGGGUGAACAAGAGACCAGAGGAUUUCUGCCACCCCUUGGUCACAAUGGAUUCAUACGCGAAGACCUACGAACAUUAUAUCAAUCCUCUUCCGGGUCAAUCCAUGUGGGAAAAAUCAGCAUAUAGUAAGCCCCAGGCUCCUAACAUCAAACGGAAACCAGGAAAGCUCACAACCAAAAGAAGAAAGGACGCUGAUGAGGGUCCUAGUGUAAACAAGAAAGCUAAGCAGACUGUUACCCUAAAGAGACAGCUCAAGCCAUUCACAUGCACAUAUUGUGGUGUAAAGGGCCACACCAAGAGGGGAUGCAAACAGAAGAGAGCUGAUGAGCUUGCUACUGCUCUUGCGGCUGCAGCAGCAGCUGUGGCAGCUUCAAAGGCCAAAGCUACUGCUACUGGGAGUACACCAGCACCUGAAGCAAGCAACAGUACCAAUCCGGCAACACCGGCAGCUGACAUUCCACCCCCAGUGUCUGGACCGCAAGCUGAAGAGGUUGAAUUAUCCCAACCAAGCUAUGGUGGAACACAAGAUGAGGCACCACCACCACCACCAACAAGGCCACCUAAGUUGCCAACUAAACGGAAGACCACACCACAACCAGUAAGUACUUCUGUCGAUCCCAUGCAAGGAGCAAGUGCAGCCACAUCUUCAAGGUUGGCAAGGUUCAUGAAGAUGGUUCCAACACCACAGUUCAAGGCACCAAGGAAGAAAAACCCUUGA